CUAACGGCGAGGUCCUUGUGCUAAGGAAGUUGGCGAUCGGGAGCUGGUGACCAUGCCGACUGUUAGCGUUAAACGUGAUUUGCUUUUUAAAGCUUUAGGGAGAGAAUACACUGAUGAGGAGUUUGAUGAACUCUGCUUUGAGUUUGGACUUGAACUGGAUGAAAUCACAUCAGAGAAGGACAUAAUUGCUAAAGAACAGGGGACAGUGAAAGCAGAGGGUGCUUCAGAUGAUAUUUUAUACAAAAUCGAUGUUCCUGCAAACCGUUAUGAUCUAUUAUGUCUGGAAGGAUUGAGCCGUGGACUUCAGGUUUUCAAAGAGAGGUGUGAACCUCCCAGAUUCAAGCGAGUUGUUCCAGCUAAUGGGGACCUUCAAAGACUCCUUAUUACUGAAGAAACUGCUCAAGUGCGCCCACAUGCUGUGGCUGCAGUCUUGCGAAACAUCAGUUUCAAUCAAGAACACUAUGAGAGUUUCAUCGAGUUACAGGAGAAAUUGCACCAGAAUGUAUGCAGAAAAAGAACACUUGUAGCAAUUGGCACUCAUGAUCUGGACACAAUUUCCGGACCAUUCACCUACACUGCAAAACCACCAGAAGAUAUUAAAUUUACACCUCUGAAUCAAAGCAAAGAAUAUACAGCUUCUGAGCUUAUGCAUCUCUAUAAGAAUGAUAGUCAUCUACGCCACUAUCUGCAUAUAAUUGAAGACAAGCCAGUGUACCCUGUUAUUUAUGAUAGUAAUGGCAUUGUUUUGUCGAUGCCACCAAUUAUCAAUGGGAAUCAUACAAAGAUUUCUUUGAACACGAAAAAUGUAUUUAUUGAGUGCACAGGAACUGAUUUAACAAAGGCUAAAAUAGUUUUAGAUAUGAUGGUGACAAUGUUCAGUGAAUAUUGUGAAGAACCCUUCACAGUUGAAGCAGCAGAAGUCCUAUACCCUGAUGGGAACACCUAUAUUUAUCCUGAGCUACCUUACAGAAAGGAAACGCUGACUGGUGAUUUAAUCAACAAAAAAAUAGGUGUCAGCGAAACCCCAGAAAGCAUAGCAAAACUGCUGACCCGAAUGUGCUUGAAAUCAAACGUUUCAGGAACAGAAGGCGUAAUUGAAGUUGAAAUCCCACCGACCAGGCCUGAUAUUAUUCAUGCAUGUGACAUUGUAGAGGAUGCUGCCAUUGCCUUUGGUUUUAACAACAUUAAAAGGACUAUACCUACAACAUAUACAGUUGCUAAUCAGUUCCCUUUAAAUAAAUUAACUGAACUUCUAAGGCAAGAUAUGGCAGCUGCUGGAUUUACCGAGGCACUCACAUUUGCUUUGUGUUCCAAGGAAGAUAUUGCUGACAAGCUCUGCAAGGACAUUGGUAAUAUCAGAGCAGUCCACAUUUCAAAUCCAAAAACUGCUGAAUUUCAGGUGGCACGCACAACUCUCCUUCCUGGCCUCUUAAAGACUGUGGCAGCUAAUAGAAAAAUGCCUCUUCCUCUGAAGUUGUUUGAAAUAUCUGACGUGGUUCUGAAGGACAGUAAAACAGAUGUUGGAGCAAAAAAUAACCGGCGUCUCUGUGCUGUAUAUUACAACAAGAGCCCAGGGUUUGAAGUCAUCCAUGGUCUAUUGGACAGAAUUAUGCAGCUUUUAGAUAUAAAGCCUGGCAAAGAGCAGGGAUACUACAUUCAAGCUGCUGAAGAUGCCACAUUUUUUCCUGGCAGAUGUGCUGAGAUUUUGGCUCUCGGACAGAGCGUAGGGAAGCUUGGAGUCCUUCAUCCUGAUGUCAUCAGCAAAUUUGAACUGACUAUGCCCUGCUCCGCCUUGGACAUUGACAUUGAGCCCUUUCUGUGAUGGAUGGUGCAAUGAUAUGAUUUAAAAAGAAAAGAAACACAACUUCUUUGCCUUGCCCUUCAUUUCCCUUUCCUUCACCGAAGAGCUUGAUAGCAUCAGUCUCAUAUUUUUAAAUAUUUAAUAGGGCCCAGGAAUACUAUGUCUAGUGCUGCGGUUAAACAUAUCCUCUGUGCUCUGUCAGGGCCAGUCUGUGAAAUGUGAUAGGUUACUGUUUAGUGGAAAGCUCCAGCCAGGACAGAAAUAAACCAGUAUUGCAUUUUAUUUUAUUAGCAAAGUAAACCAUAUCAUAAGAGCAAUCAGGGGGCUUAGGAAAUGGUUUGAGGAAGGUCACUUUUCACUGUAUAUUUAUGCUUUUGAAACAUCCACUUCUAAUUACAUGUACUGUAAUCAUGAUGGCUUUAAAAAAAAAACAUUAAAUGAAUACAAUGUAAUA